AUAUUAAUAUAUUAUUAAUACGCAACGAUUUCUGAUCAUCCUAAUUCUAUUUCAAAUCAUAAAACCACUAUAUUUCACUAGCUAUACUUAUUCUUGAUAAUCUAACGACAAAAUUCAAGAUUCUACCGACAUCUAUCGCUUCUCUAAGUUAUUGAAUACAACUUUUCGUUACAAUGACGAUAUGCGUGGAUAACAACAUGUAACGAUAGCGACAAUGUCGUUAAAAAAAAGUUAAAGACGCAACCAGAUUCCUUUAAAUAAUUUGUUCCGAUGCACCGUAUUCAAAGAUGACAGCCGAUCUGUCAAUUCUUUAACAGCUUCACGACAGUUCAUUCGAAAAAUGCUUCAUAUUUCUCAGUGUAACCUCUGUUAUUGUAUGUUUCGAUUUUUUCUACUGAACAAUAAAUUGAAAUCUGUCUUAUUUAUGUAAACCGUUUUUGAAAAUAAAAGGUAAAUUUAAUGAUCCCAUGGAUGCGUGAUCAAAUAGCAGAAGCCUGGCAUAACAGAAAAAGUUCAAGGACUGCCGAUAGGCGGUCCUUGGCCCUUUCUUCUGUCAGCACAGGCAAUCCUGCAAGCAACAACACCAUGCUUACACCAUUACCUACCUCACCAGAAAGCUUUUCUGUCAAUGUUAUCAGCAUAGAGGGCAAUAUAUUGGAUGUGACGGUAAAACCAGAUUUUACUGUAGAAAAUGUUAAAAAAAUAGCAGUGAUACAUUUUUAUGGUCAAGACACGACUAAAUCCAUUUCACGCUACCGCCUAGUUCAUUCAUCCAAAUUUAAGCAGCUUGUGGAUGAAAAUUAUAUCGAUGAUGAGGAUAUCAAUGAAUAUGAUGAAUUAUUAUUAGUAGAAAUUCGAUCGAAUAUUGUACAAGAGAAUCUUUCAGAUGAAGCUCUUAAGGGUCCAAAUCUAGAAGCAAUAGCUCAAGCUACAAGAGGUUUAUCUAGUCAAAAUGUUAAAUCUAAACCUGUACCAUCUACAGAAUGUCCUGCAGAUAAUGAAAUUCGUAAGAUUUUAAUAACUCUUGUGCAAGCAUCUGCAAAAAUUUUAAUGCAUAGUCCAGAUGCUGGAAAAUUAUACGAUAUCAUUAAGGAAAAACUGGAAGCCAGAUGUAAGCCCACUAAUGAUCCAAAAGUUGUAAAAACUCUUAUAGAAAUGGGCUACUCUCACAAGAAAGUUUUCAAAGCAUUGCGUCUUCGAAAAUCAAAUAUGACAGAAGCUUUAGAAUGGCUUAUAGAACAUCAGGAUGAUUUAGACUAUGAAGAUGACGAAACAGAUUUUUUAUCUAUGGAUACAACAACGGACGAAAAUGUUGCAGGUCCCAGUUCUUCAGUGAGCACUAAGAAAAAAUCGUUAAAAGAUGCAUGCAUUGAACUCUUUGAAACAGAUCACGAUAAAAACGAAAAAAAUCUAAUGCAUAUUAUAGAAUUAUUGUUAGAAAGUUUUCGACAAUAUAAGAAAAUGGAAUUUAAACCUAAUAAGAGAGCAAUGCGGUCGCUCGUGGAAAUGGGUUUUGAUGAAAAGAAUGUUAUCGGAGCAUUGAAAAUUACUGGAAAUGAUCAGGCCAAUGCUUGUGAAUGGUUACUGGGUGAAAGAAGACGUAGCUUACAAGACUUGGAUGAAGGCUUGGAAUUUGAUGGUCCGAUUUAUAAAGCAAUUAUGAGCAAUUCUCACAUUCAGCUUAGUCUUACAAAUCCUAAAAUGUUACUUGCAUACUUAUCAAUGAUAGAAACACCUGCAUCGACAAAUGUAUGGAUUAAUGAUCCUGAAGUUUCACCUGUCCUUAGCCAAAUAUCUAAGACAUAUCAUGCUGAAAAACAUGCCAUCCACAUGAAUCGUUAUACCUAGCGCUAUUGUGAAACUUAUUUAAGUCUCUGUCAAACAUCGAUAUUUUUAUAUAAAUUUACAAGUAAUUCUCGCAGAGAUUUGGAAUAUCAGUCACCAAUUAGUAAUUACCUGUAAAAUUAUUGCUUGCUCAUAUACAAUU